AUGAAUAAAGGAUAUAUUAAGAUUGCUUUGACAAUUUUAAGUUUCGUAGUAUAUAUGCAAAAUGUAGCAUUUGCGGCCGAAUAUGCUGCAGAUGUUGCUAGUGAGGCCAACCCCGUCCGCCAAAAAACAAUAUUUGAGAAAUACAGAGACUUGGUAUGUUAUGACAUUUAUGAAAUUUCAACAGCAAUAAAUCAUGCAAUACAAGCUUCAGAACUUUUAACAAAACUUUCUGAGGCUAGUAUAGACGAUUAUUCGGUCUAUUCUACAGAAAAUGAAAACAAAACUAUAUAUUUUAAGAAAAUUGGAAAUGUUGAUAUUGGAAGAUUUCAUCUUACGAUCCCAUCUGCCUAUAAGUAUUCUGACGUAAUAAAGAAACUCUGGGAUUUCAGUGAUAACAAACAACCCGAUGACAAGUUUAUUAAUGGAAAUCUUAUUCGUGUAUACUCCAAAUAUUUAAUCAUGUUUGAAAAACUUAGCAUAGACCCUAAGUAUGCACCCCUCAUAAAAAAAUAUGUUUUAGCCGCAAAAGUUAAACAAUCAAAUGACACAACUGUAAUUCUUUGCCCUUCAAGACCUCUAAAUUAUUUCGGUCAAAUUGAUAGUGGACCUAAUAUGAAAGAAAUAUUAGAAAAUACACAAUCAAUCGAAACUGACAUUGAUCCUGAGGAAGCAUUAACCAAAUUGGGUACUAACAUUGCCGGAUUUGUAGUUAAAAAACGCGCCGAUAAAGUUCAAGUUAAUUAUAUCAACGUUAUUUAUGAUGCUGGUAAUUCUACCGACUAUGACAACGAUAAAAAAGAAAGAUAUAGUACAUAUAUAAAUAUCCUAAGGUUAGCACAACGUACUUGA